AAGAAGAAGAAGAAGACUCCAUGGAAACGGCCGAUUGGCGUGUAACCUGCUAGCUAGUUAGCUAGCAAGGAGCGAGUGGACGUCGCUUUGUACAGAAUAUUUUGUUUUAUUCGUCGACUGUCUGUGAAGAUGAUUCGUACGCUUGAUGCGAGAGCCAGAGAUAACCAGACAAGGAAGAUCCAGGAGAACAUCACUAAUGUAGAGAAACACUUUGGAGAUAUGUGCCAACUGUUUGCAGCCUACGCCCGCAAAACAGCAAGGCUGCGGGACAAAGCAGACCUUCUGGUCCGGGAAAUUGGCUUAUAUGCUGACACGGAGACGCCAGACCUAAAGAGGGGGAUGAAGCAGUUUGCGGAGCACCUUGCCAAGAUUCAAGACUACCGCCAAGCUGAGGUGGAAAGACUUGAAGCCAGAGUCAUAGAGCCAUUGAAAAGCUACGGAGCUGUGGUGAAACGUAAAAGGGAGGAUCUGAAGGCAACACAGAGUGCCAGAGAAAGAGAAGCCAAACAGAUGGCUCAGCUCGAGAAGACCAGACUGAGAAACCCUUCAGACAGACAAAUCAUUUCUCAGGCUGAAAGUGAGCUUCAGCGAGCCACCAUGGAUGCCACACGGACCACCAAGCAGCUGGAGGAGACCAUAGACGAGUUUGAGCGGCAGAAGAUCCAGGACAUAAAGAAAGUCUUUGGUGAAUUUGUGACAGUGGAAAUGUCUUUCCAUGCCAAGGCUUUGGAGAUCUACACUUCGGCAUUCCAAAGUAUUCAAAGUGUGAAUGAGGAAGCAGACCUGGAGGUGUUCAGGAGUUCUUUGCACCCCCCUGACUUCCAGUCCCGCUUAGACAUAGUGCGAGCCAAUUCCAAGACGUCCCUCGACCGGACCGGGUCCUUCUUGAGUACAUCAGGGACCUUACAGGGAUAUUAUGUUGCAACUGCAAACCUACCAAAAUGGGACUGUCCAUCUAAACCGACAGACUGGGAAAGAAGAGCAAAAAGGAGAGAAGUAGCUAGGAGGCUCCGUGUAACUCAGGGAGAACUGCAGAGAUCCACGUCUCAGCAACAAAGAGCUUGCAGCCGCCAGACAAGAAGAGAGGAGGAGGAUCAGGACGAGGAUGAAGAUGAAUCUGAGGAGGAGGGCGAUGAGGAUGAAGAGGAGGAAUCAGACGAUGAACAUUAAGCUGAUUAAACUAUUUGUGUUCGUCUGUUCAGGAAAAAAAAGAAUAAAGAAUACAGAUUAACUGUUUACAAAGAGAAGCAGAGUCUGUGCCAAAAAGACUUUGCCCAGGUGGAGCGGUAUUGUAUUUGUGAUGUCAUGUUUAUGUUUUAUUUGUAUUUGAGCUAGCCAUUUAUUUGAGCUAUAUUUUUAUAUCUCACACACUCCCCAAAUACGCAUUGUAUUUGUAUGAUUUGUCAUACUCCAAUGAAACAAUAUCUAAUAAAAGAAUAAAAGUA